UUUUGACACAUUCAAAUAGAAGUAUACCUACAACAUUUUCUAAAAAUAUGGGCAUGUAUAUAUAAGAUUAAACUUACUUAAAAAAAAAACAUUUUGGCCUUAAGAAGGCUAAGUCGCAGAAUUAAUUAAUGUACUAAGUAGGUACAGUCAGCAUCAACAGUAGUGGAUGAAACAACGCAUGAAAAUUAUCUGCCACCCUCUAAUACUCUUACAAAUAGAGAUAUAUCUCUAUAAUUCGCGCCCAAACAUAUCUUUUUUAAUCUAAUUGCUCUACAUAUAGAGACAUGUCUCCCUUUGUUAUUAGAGAAUAGUAGAUACUUUUGACGCGCAGUAUAGUCCAUUCUUUUUGGCGCUGACUAUACAUAUACAUCACUUGGUGAUAAUGACUCAUAGGUAUUCUCAAAGUGCGUUGUUUGAUCGUAAGCAUCUACUUGGCCAUACUUAACCUUGUUGUGUCUGAUAAAUAUUUCAACGCUUUAUCUUACAACUGUGAAAAACCAAAAAGUCAUUUAGCUACAGCAAUCAAUCAAUUUAUAGUAGAUAUUGACGGAUAAAAAAAUCAGUUUAGAACUCAUGCCCAAGAUCUACGCAUCGAUGCAAGACCACGUUCGAGAAGUAAAUUUUUAAUCCGCGAACAAAAUGCGGUCUGUACUUGUUUUCUGUUUCAUUCUCGGUGUAGUGUCAUCGUUGCCAAUAAAAAUUGAAGAAGAACCGGACUUACAAAUUCUUCAAGAAGUACCAGAAUCGUCACUGCCUGAUUUACCCGAAGAUGAUGUCGUAGAACAUGAUCCAGAUUUUCCCAUUUUACCAGAGUUACCAUUACCAGAGACAACAGAAGAUGAAAUCGAAGGAGUCGACCCCGAUUUACCAAUUCAUCCAGAGGUACCAACACCAAUAAUAGACACGCCUGAGAACCCGGAAGUUGUUCAAUCCGAUUUGCUUGAAGAUUGUAUCGACGAAAGUGAACCAAGCCAUCCCGAAUCACCAGAUAAUAUACCAAUAAUGAUUGAAAAUGGCAUUGAAGAAGGAAAUAAUAUAACCAUGAGGAAUCAAAUUCGACCUGGCAUGCACGUAUCCAGCUACUUGGUAGAACUUGAACCUAACUCAGCCAGUGGCACUUUUAGCGGACGUUUAACAGCUUCAGUGAUAAUAAGUGAUGCUAAUACACUAGAGGAUCCUAUUGUUUUCCAUGUAGAAGAUCUGAAUAUAAAUUCUGUAAUGUUCUCAAUCACUGGAAGUUCAACAAUGAACGCUGCUGACUUUGACGUCGAUGAUGGUCUCUUGGAAAUUGAAACUGGGGUCGAAAUGUCACUGUACACACUGUUCAUUGAAUACACUGGCUCAUUGAGUAACACUGGUUCUGGAUUUUGGACGGGAGAAUUCAAUAAUGAUAAUAUCAACUACUUGGCAAUGAACCUGCACGCUACGAACGCCCGGCGGGUGUUCCCUUGCAUGGAUGAGCUCACGGAACCAUCGACUAUCUCAUUCACCUUCAAUAACAUCCCAUACAAUAAUAUCUUCAUGAAUUCUGCUCUAGAAGACAACACUAACGGUCAAUUCAAAGCAUUGCUUGGUCCUGCGGUGCUUUGGGGCAUGGUUGCUCACAACUUUAACAACAUCAACAACCCUACUGCUGGCGUGCAACUUUAUGCUCGUCCAGGAGUCAUCAACCAAGAGAACCAGGCUUCAGUUGCCAUCAAUUCCUAUUUCAACAACCUGGAACUGUGGACUCAGAAACCUUAUAAUGAAAUCGUUCUGGACCAAGACGGAAGGAUGCUUGUUAUUGCGUUACCUGAUGUGCAUAAAGAUUGGUAUGCCUUGUCGACGGUUUGCAUUUGGGAACCAUACCUCUUGAUGGAACGGGUUAAUUCAGCGAAACAGAGAAAGGAAGCCUUAUCUGAGAUAGCCAUCGCAGUAGCUAGGCAGUGGUAUGGAUAUGUCAUCUAUCCCGAGAACUGGCGCUUCCAAUGGGUGAUCCAAGGCCUUGCGUCUUACACAGGCUACGAGCUCAAUAAAGAAUUCCAAAAUAACCAACUAUUAGACGUGACACUCGUGGACUUCAACACUGUAUUUGUAACUGACGUCAUCCAAGAAGCCUUGUACCGAGACGGCUACGCCAUCGCCCGUCCUCUAGAGCCUGCUGAAGAUAUCUUCGAAGAAGACGAAAUAAGGGACCACAUCGCAGGCCAUCAGUUAUUGAAAUACAAAGCACCAGCGAUAAUGAACAUGCUCAAACAUAUUCUUGGCAGUGAGGAACAGGAUUUCAUUCGGACAGCUGGACAGAUACUCUUGAACAGCAGGGCAUUAGAAACAGUAAACUCGCGAUUCUUUAUCGACGCUAUAAACGCUGAAUGGUGGACCAACGGCAAUAGCAUGGUGGAUGACAUAGCGGAGUUUCUGGAGCCGUGGCUUCAGUCGAAUGGCUACCCGACUCUUCACGUCGGGUUGAGGCAAGGCGGCGUUCUGCUUACCCAGGAAAAGUUCGGGUUCACCGCAGGGGCUCAAGUAACUUACCAGAUCCCAGUCACUUGGACGUCGAACAUCAGCCCCAACUACGAAAUCAACGAAAUCAGAAUGAUGGAUAACACUAUGACCAUCAACGUUCCGCUGGAUGAAGAAGACUUCCUGUUGUUUAACAUUCAGGGACAAGGUUACUACCGUGUCAACUACGAUUUGGCUCUAUGGGAGAGGAUUAUAUGGGCCCUGGAAGAUCCCGAGCAACGCGAACUAAUCCACCCGCUCAACCGCGCUACACUCGUAGACGAUGCCCUAAACCUCGCAAGAGCCGGUGUACUGGACUACGACAUCGCCUUCCAAGUAGUCCUCACCAUGGAACAUGAGAUCAACUAUGCGCCAUGGAAGGCCUUCGUCAGGAACAUGAACUUCUUGCAGAAGAGGCUUCUUGCAAUGGUAGAAGACGACGAGGAUUUGGAUCCAGACAUUUACUUGAGAAUGGUCCGGCGGACAGUAGGCAGAGUGGAAAACGAGAUCGGCUUCUACCCUGACAUCUCUGUGACCGAGGACUCUGAUGUGGCAAUGACGCGAGGGCUGGUCAUGGAGCACGCCUGCAAGGCUGGCUACGCGCCGUGUGUGGCUGCAGCCAUUGAUUGGUUCUGGAAUCCUAAUGAUGGAGAUGUUGUUAACCCCGACAUACCGCAUGAAAUAAGGCCUGCAGUUUACUGCACCAUGGUUAGAGAAGGAGGUAACGACGUUAUCAACGCCCUGUACGCGCGCCUGGAGAUAGAACCGACGAUGUAUGAGCGCGUCGUCAUUCUUCAGUCUUUGGCUUGCUCUCAAGACACACAGUUUAUUUCAACAUAUCUCGCAGAAACCUUGGCCUCCAACGGCCCCUAUAGCACUGAGGACAGGAACAGGAUCUUCAAGGCCAUAGUGGAGUCCAGCACGGACAACGCUGGCACUGCUCUCAACUGGCUCUCACGGAACACUGCUAACGUGAGAACAAUGUAUGGAGGAGCUGAGAAAUUGGAAGACAUCGUUUGGCAUAUGUCUGAAUACUUGGCGGGUGGUGACCUGUCCAUAGACUACCAAAACUGGGCGAACUCCAUCAACAGCGACCUCAAUGAUUCUGAAAUGGCCGCCCAAAGCGCCCUAAACCUCAUCAUCGAAAACUUGAGUUGGGAACAGCAACAUCUCGAAUACGUUUACGAAUGGAUUGACGAAAACGAUGCGCCUACGCUCGUCGUUUCUAUGGUAUUGAUAUUAGGGUCGUGUUUGCUUACGAUUUUUAAUCAUUGAAGGUGUCUAAUUUUUCCAAGUAUUAACUAAUUAAGAGUUGCCAGUACAGAGCCGCCGAAUUCACCUUUUCAUACAAUUGAAUUUACUUGGUAUGAAAAUUGAAGUAACAUAUAGAUAUGCCUGAUUAUUUUUUGUUGCUAGAAAUUGCAACACAGACGAAAUAUAGCGAUUACCUAUAGUUUUUGUAUGUAAAUCUUCUACUUGCUCUGUUUCCUUUGUAUUACAAUUUAUAGCAAUGAAAAAUAAUUUCAGGCAUAGAUAAAUGUUACUUCAAUACAGAGGCGGCUCUAGGCGUGGGCGACGUGGGCCAUAGCCUACGGCCUCGCGGU